AUGAUCGAUCAUAAUCCGCAAUUUCAUAACUCACGAAAUAGUAAAAGAUAUUCAACAACGAAUCUCCUACUUUCGCCCAUAUUGACCACCUCGCCAAAUGUUACAGCACCAUCCAGUGCUCGAUCAUCUACUGCCACACUUGGUCUUGGCAUAGGUUACGGGAGCCAUUCAACCCAAGAUCGGAAAUCAUCAUCUGCUUCACUAUAUAGAAUUGAAAGAUCAGACCCUCAAUUAUCAUCCUCAUCUCCACGUCACACAUCACUAAGGCCAUCGAUUGAUUCACCACUUUCGUCUAAGUCACUUUCAAAUCCUAAUAUACCAACAAACAAUUUGAAAAUUUUAUUAGUCGGUGAUACCGAUGUCGGGAAGACAUCAAUGAUCUUAAGUUAUUGCCAUGAAUUAAGCAGCCAUUCCCCAUCAACUUCCUCAUUUAAAUUAAAUCGACCUUCCUCACAAUUGCAAAAAAGAACUACAUCCAUCAACAACAAUUAUGACGAUAGAAAACAGACAAUGCCCAUUCAAUAUUCAAAAUUUGAAAAUAAUGAAAAAUUAUCAUCACACAAUACUAUACAUACAGAUAAUAUGAUUAAAUUAAAAAAGACUGUACUGACAAAUACAAAGUUUCAAGAAAGAAAGACUAAGAAUUUGAAAAGAUUUAGUUUGAAUGAUUUUGAUGACAUGUUAUUAAAGAGAAAAUCACUUCUUUUGAAUAAAAACAUGGAUAGCACAAGUAUGGACGUUAAUGAUAAUAAUGACAACUACACUUCAUAUGAUUACGUUGAUAUGAAACAGAAGGACAAUGACGGCAAAAAAGAUGCAAGUAACAAACAGAAUGAGAUCAUUAUUAACACGAGACCAACUAUCGGAAUUGAUAUAAAGACCACGUUAAUUAAUAUAGGUGGUGAUAAAAGAUUUAAUUGUAUAUUUUGGGAUCCCGCUGGUCAGGAACGAUUUAAAAAUGUAAUGAUGAAUUCUCUUUAUAGAGUCUCAGAUGGUAUUAUCUUAAGUUAUGAUAUUUGUAAUUUACAAAGUUUCCAAAAUUGUUGUCAAGUAUGGCUUAAGGAUGUCUUAGAUAAUUUGAGAUUUAAAGACUUAUCAAGAGUGAAAUUUUACCUUGUGGGGAAUAAAGUGGAUAUGUAUAAAGAGAGACAAGUGAAUCAUGAAGAUGUUUUAAAUAUGAUUACCAACAUGGAAUAUGAUUAUGGAUUGGCAAUUUCUGGGAAUUUUGAAGUAUCAUGCAAAUGGGAAAAUAACGUCGAAAGAACAUUUAAUCUUAUACUGAUGGACUUAAUAGAGAGUGGAUGUUACGAACAUAGCUACUACCCUUUAGGCGUUGAAGCUGCUAAAGGGGCAUCAUCACCUGAUAGCAACAGCGGCAGUACUUUCUGUGAGGAAAAUAGACAUAAACCAUCAUUUGAGGAGGAAAGCCCGAGAAGUACCGUUAGGAAUAGGUUUAUUAAACGUAUGUCGCGAGAAGAUUUAGAUCCAUACAAUGAACUGGGGACGUUUAAUUCGACUAUCGUAGAUAUGAAUGCAACAUUUGUUGAAGAAUCAUCCCGAACUUCUUCUCAAUCUGAUAAAUCUGGAAACUUUUCAAAUAAGCAAAAUAGUUCAAAGAAAUUACAACAAAAGAAGAAGGAAUUGUCAAAGAGAAGUAGUAAACCCGCAACCAAGGGGAAAGUUAUAGAUAUUACGAAGCCUUUAGGUUCUGAGCAAGAGAGACAAUCAUCCUCUUCGCCCUGUUGCUACUGA